AUGGCGUGUAGGUGGUGUGGUGCCAGGGAAGAACAAUGCUGUUGUCAGCAUGUUCACCGGGUUAUACCUCCCGAACCUCGUUACGCGACCACCAACAACAAUUUUCGCCCUCAAAACUACUCAAGCUUAUUAAACCAUGAAGCCUAUAUUAACAUUAUCCCCCGCUAUUCUCAAUCAAGGGAUUCAAAUCCCAUUGGAAGUGAAUCCACACACCAACUUCAAGAGCCAGACAUCUCUUAUUCCAGUGGGUACGCACCAUCUACUGAUUCAUUCUGCCCUUCAACUGGACAAACCUGUGAUUCCUCAUCUCUCUCUUCCGAUCCAAGAGCUUUCACCAACAAUGCGCAUUUAAAUGGAUCAAGUGUUGGGUGGGCGAAACAAAUUCAAUUGGGCGAUGAAGGAAUUCAAUUGAGCAUUGCGAAUCCAUGGCAGUCAACUGAGCCGGAAGCAGGGUGGCCAAGUUUGGGGACUCCAGAUGCGCAACGCUCUUUCGAUAUUACAUACCCCUCAACUAAUUUCACUUCGAUGAAAAGCUCGCAGCCAUAUCCACCUGGUGGGUAUGAUUUAUCAGGAUGUGCAAACAACCGGGAGCAAGAUCGAAGUCAGCAGAACAACCUUGUGGCCUCAGGAAAUGAAGAAAUACAUGUCGCAAUGGAAUAUGAGAGCCAUGAGAGCCGAAUAAACCAGCCAGGUACUGUUUUGAGAGGUUCUGAUCCUUCUGGUACAUCGGAGGCUCUUUAUUCUUCCGUCAAUACAGCCCAACCGCAGUAUUCCUCCUCCUAUUCGUACGACCAUUCUCAAAUCCAGGAACCUUUUACCGUAGUCACCACAAAUCAAGAGCCAACAUCGUUGGAUAACCAAGCCGAAUAUUCAUCAUCAAGCGCUAUAAGCGAUUCGUAUCAGCUUCCUUGCAUAUGUCCACAUCCAAAAUGUAGGCGCAAUAACAGCACAAAGACUUUUACAGAGUCUUCUGGCUUUCAAGCACACUGGUAUAGAUCACACGAUAAACGAUUCUCGUGCCCAGACUGCAAAGCAGUAUUCGGGACAGCUGCGGAGGUCAGGCGUCACUCGACGGCUAUACAUGUCGACGGCCCCAAGGAAUUUACUUGCGAGAUCCCACGUUGUGCUGGCCGCUCGCAGGAGUUCAACAGAAAGCAUCGCUUGAAGGAACACAUGGAGAAAUGGCACGGCUAUUACUACUGUUCUGCUAUGGGUUGUUCUCGGGGUCGUGGGCACGGUUUCAAGGAUCAGACAUUACUGAAUGAACACCUAAUCAAAUCCCAUGGCCAUGGCGGAUUUCGGUAA